AUUACAUGCUGGAAGGUCCUAGGAUAUCAACUUGUAGCCAGUGAUGUCGUGGGAGCAGGAGAGCUGGCAUAUUGUAGGCUUGUAGAGACUACGUCCCAUCAACAUGGAUUCCAACGGCCCGGACGGGCUUGAUGACUCGUCCUUGAAACCGGUCUCGUCUUUGCGGUCUCAUUUCGAGAACAUGAACAAACAGCCCAAGGAGGGCUCAGCAACCACCCAACCCCCACCUACCACAACACCAUCCCCGAAACCACCUCCAGUACCGGACACGAGACCGAGUGGCAGCGUCAAUAUUCCAGUAGAGAAUGGAAGACCCAAACCAAAUUUGAAUACCUCAGCUCGACAUUCUAUCCAAAUCGCAAACCCACCACCCCUAAGCCCAAGACCUAUCAAACCACCUGCCGUCUUGAUCGAUCCGCCUCAGUCACCACCGAAAGGAAGACCGUUCCCGGCGCCGCAAGGCGAUGCACAUGCUUAUCUUACACUUGACCAUUCUAGACCUCAUAAUGCAUCCGCUACUUCUUCGCCGCGACCUCUCAGCAUCUCUAGCGGACCAGAUACUCCAGUUCUUGAGCCCCGCCGUUCUCCCAGGCUUCCUGGCACUAACCAGCCACCAUCACCGCCGCCUCCACGAAGGUCUGCUGAAUUAAGAAGAGACCGUGAGACUAGAGCGUCGCCGCCGAUCCCGCCGCCCGUGAACCGUGCCGAGAAACCAUCCAAUCGACUCUCUAGAUUAAUGGGAAAUGCUCCUAAAUUGGAACUAGCUCCUCAGGUUGCAGACCGGCGUUCGCCUUUUAGUAGUCCUCCCUCUAGCAGCCCUGAGGAUAAUGAGCCUCCAGUGCUCCCGAGCCGACCACCACGACCGGUGUCCCAGAAGGUACCACCGAGGACUAAUGCAUUGUCCAUGGGCUUCGAGCCUCCUCCGGCCCGUCACUCAAUUGCAGGUAUACGCCGAGACAAUGAGGUCAACGGAUAUCCUAAAACGCCUGUCACACCUCUUUCGGUAGACGAUCGGCCUGCUCUUCCAGCUCGACCAUUAAGCAUACAAACCAUUACGGAUCCUGCACCUUCCCGAAUUCCAGCAACCCCAAUUGCAAGACCACCCCCUCGGCCACCAAGGGCCGUUGCGACAACCGCUAGUGUGGCAAUAGAUAAUCCCGUGUCUUCUCAAUCCAAACGUAUAUCUUCAACACCGACUACACAAUUUGCGCCUUUACCACGGACUCAUGGGAGAUCUUUGACAGAGGACAAGACUUCCGAAAAGAUUUCGAAAGACUUUCCCGAUCACAUGAAGAGAGGUGGUACAGACCAACGUACCUUUGACAAUCCAGUUCAUGUUCCCUCCCACCGUCCAGAAAUCGUCGCUCAAUAUCCCGAUACAACUAGGAUAAACCGCCGUCCCCCCUUUCCAAGACAAGGCGCUCUCGAAAUUUCCACCAAGUAUGAUACGAGAGUAUUCGAUGUUUGUGGACAGUACGUUUGUACUACGGGCCAUCUCACGCGAGUUUGGAGCUUGCUUGAUGGCGAACAACUUGUGAGCUUCGCUCAUGGAGAAGGUAUUAAAGCGACUGCCGUGGCGUUCAAGCCAACCUUGGAUAUACAGGACGAAGGGAUGCGCCUUUGGAUUGGCACUAAUGUUGGCGAAAUUAUCGAAGCCGAUGUUUCGUCCCAGAGUAUUAUGAAUACUAAAUCAAAUGCACACAGUCGGUAUGAGAUUGUCAAAAUAUACAGGCACUACAACGAGAUGUGGACUCUAGAUGAUGGUGGAACGUUGCACGUUUGGGGACCAGACGAGGAAGGGGUUCCGAACUUGGACGUCAACCCUCAUCAGACCUACAGACUCCCCAAAGGACAUACUUUCUCCAUGAUAGUCGGCGAUGAGUUAUGGCACGCGACGGGCAAGGAGGUCCGUGUCUUCACACCUACCUCUGGUGGUCGAAACCAACUGCAGGUCCUUAUGCGACCUUUAAUUUCAGAAGGAGCAGGCGAAGUGACGUCCGGAACCACUCUCAAGUCACAGCCUGGUAAGGUCUUCUUUGGCCACAAUGACGGAAAAGUUAGCAUAUAUUCUCAAAAAGACUUCACAUGUCUCAGUGUGCUCAACGUUAGCUCAUACAAAAUCAAUACCCUGGCUGGGGUGGGAAGCUAUAUAUGGGCUGGCUUCAAUACUGGAAGGAUUUGCGUAUAUGACAUUACAACCUCGCCUUGGGUCAUCAAAAAGGAUUGGCAAGCCCACAACAAUCCGAUCAUCAAAAUCAUUGCAGAUCCCGCUGGCUUCUACAAGCUCGGGCGGUCCCAGGUUGUCACGCUUGGGGCAGACAAUAUGGUGAAGCCGUGGGAUGGGUUGCUACAAGACGACUUCUUAGAAAACGAAAUGAAGGCUCUCGAUACGCACUAUUGUAAAUUCGAGGAUAUCAAGCUUUUAGCCAUGACAUGGAACGCCGGGGCCUCGACUCCCAACAGCCUAAGGUAUUCGGAUGCGGAUGCCGUAUUCAUGCAGAACCUAUUGCAAUCAAGCGAUUCUCCAGAUAUUCUGAUUUUUGGAUUCCAAGAAUUAGUAGACCUGGAAGAUAAGACUGCUACGGCGAAGCGCUUUUUCAAGCCGAAGAAGAAAGAUGCGUCGGAUCAAGAAAAAAUGAGUCAUCAAUAUCGGGACUGGAGAGACUUCCUCGUUCGAUGCCUGGACGAUUAUAUGCCGGCCGACCAUCUUUACCAUCUUCUCCAGACGGCAACCCUGGUUGGCCUUUUUACUUGUAUCUUUGUGAAAUCGACGCUCCGCGAUCGUAUACGGAAUCUCAGCAAUACCGAAAUCAAGCGUGGAAUGGGAGGUUUGCAUGGAAACAAGGGUGCUAUCAUUGUACGGUUCAUGGUAGACGAUACUUCACUUUGUUUUAUAAAUUGCCAUCUCGCUGCCGGACAAUCGGGAGCAAACCAACGCCAUAAUGAUAUCGCGGCGAUCAUGGAAAGCUCGCUCCUGCCCGUGGAGCGUGAUCCGAGUGUGCGUAUCGACAGCUACACGGGGGGUGGUGACGGUACCAUGGUGCUCGAUCACGAGCUGUGUCUGGUAAACGGAGAUCUAAAUUACCGUAUUGAUACCAUGUCACGGGAUACGGUUGUGAUCGCGGUGAAGCAGAACAAUCUUGCCAAACUCCUGGAGCGUGACCAGCUCCUGGUUGCCCGUCGGCGAAACCCAGCAUUCAAGCUUCGGGCUUUUGACGAGAUGCCGAUUGAGUUUGCACCUACGUACAAGUACGACGUAGGAACGGAUAAUUACGAUACUAGUGAGAAGAAGCGGUCUCCGGCCUGGUGCGAUCGCCUCCUUCACCGAGGUUUUGGCAGAAUUCAGCAACUUGACUACAAGCGGCACGAGGUGCGGGUGUCGGACCACCGACCCGUGAGCGGCCAAUUCAAGUAUACUGUAAAGUCUAUCUCGCCUAAGAAACGGACAUUAGCUUGGGCAGACUGCCAGCAACGUUUCGAAGACCUCAGGGCGAAGGAGGCAAACGCGGAGAUGCUAUACUAUCUCACGAAGAUCAUCGGGUAUGACCCGCAGACAAGUACGAGGCUAAUACAAGAAAGAGCUGGGUAGGAUGGGGAUGGUUAAGCGGAAGCGGAAUAGAUGUUGAAAUAGAUAUGUGCAUAGAAAUGCGCAAAGCUCCAGCAUUCAAAAGGGCCAGAGAGCAAAGAGCAUAAGACCGUCGAAAAGAGAUAGAAGGCGGUGUAAUUAUG